AUGGCCAUCUCCAACUCAUUACCGGUCUUUAUCGUCGCCAAUCUCUUCGGGGCAAUGUGCAUUGGGUUUGGUAUCAAUGCGAUACUGCGUCCCGAACACGGCGUGUCAUUCUUCGAGCUCGCUCCUCCCACCGUCGACGGCCCAGAGAAGACGCUGUUUAACAGCAUGAUGGCCGUCUACGGAGUGAGGGAUGUGUUUAUGGGUGUGGCCAUUUACGCAGCUGCGUACACCGGCGCGCGAAAGGCAUUGGGGUGGAUCUUGCUUGGAGUGAGCGCCGUAGCCUUUGCGGACGGUGCUAUUUGUGCACUUAAUGGUGCUGGAGAGUGGAAUCAUUGGGGAUAUGCUCCUGUUGUUAUGGUUGUGGGAAUGUUGACUUUGGGUGUUUUGGAUGGUGAUAAAGCAAAGACGGCUUAA